CUCCACAGACAGGGAUUCUCUGUCAGGAGGGUGGGAUACAUCGCUGGAAGUGACCACGAGACCUCACCAACGCGGCACGCUUCGCAUCUCUCCAGACACGGCGCUUACAGUGCAUCCAGGAUCCGCAAGAGCGUGCGUUUCCUCUGGGACUAUCCGCUACCUCUGGCACAGACACUCCACGCAGGCGGUCCGAACAGGUUUCCCGCCUGCUGCAUCUCCUCGAGCUGCUCCUCUUUGCCUCCGCGCAUCCCUGCCGGGCCUUGACCCACCCCGGCCGCUCCGACAGACUGGAUCUGUCUGCCCCGCUGGUGCCCGGCUUCGGCUAGCCUUCGGUGCACUGCAGUUCCAUAGCUGGACUUGGAUGUUUGUGUUUCACUCCUAGCUGUUGAUCAGUGGCCCUCAUAUUUCUCCUCUCACCCUCCAGAAGUCAUAUUGUACUUUUUGGCUGACAGCUUUUUAAGAUUUUUCUAUUUUUUAGAGGUCUGUAUAAAUAUAAACGAGAUGCAAUGGAAAACUAUAACAUGAAGGAUCUCUCUGCUUCCGUUUGAAGGAAAGAUUUUGCACUUUUGAAAUUUCCGUCGGACCAUUACUCCUAGUGCAAAGACGAUUCAGGUCUUUUUUUUUUUUUUUUUUUUAAGGCUCUCGUGAAUGGAUGUGAAGAGAGAAACAACACCAACGUGUUGAUCCUGCUGUGUUUGUUGUGGGGUUUUGUUCUCUGAUUUGUUUCGUGUUUCCACUUGAAAUACCACAUAGCGAGUUCCCGCAGAGCUGCGUCCUGUUGCCUCUGCAUCUCGUUGCCUCUCAGCCGCGACCAGGAAUACUGUCAUGACCCUCUGGCUCAUGGAACCGUUACACACUCAGUUUACUUGAUUUAGAAAGUCUUGGCUCUUGUGCAAUUUUUGGGGGAGGAGUUGACGACAUCGUUUCCCAGCACUGAAGAGGUGAACGUACAGAGCGCUCCUGCCUGGCUCGCAGUUGGAGACGGAUCGUCCUGGGAGUGUCCGACACUUAUGUAUUGUUGCAGCGCGCAAGAAAGUAAGAUGGACUACAAGCGGCGCUUCUUGCUUGGCGGGUCCAAGCAGAAAGUGCAGCAGCAGCACCAGCAGUAUACCAUGCCUGAGCUCAGCCGCACCCUGAGCGCCCCGCUUGGCUCCGCCCCCUCCCCUCUGGUGCCCGUCGGCUCCUCCCCCUCGGGUUGCCAUGACCACUCAGGCGGCGGAGGAGGCGGCGGCACCACGACGGCGAUCGCCGACAUCCAGCAGGGCAUCUCGAAGUACCUCGAUGCGCUAAACGUGUUCUGCCGGGCCAGCGCCUUCCUCACGGAGCUGUUUGGCAGCGUUUUUCGGAACUCGCGUUACUCCAAAGCUGCCACGCAGCUGAAGGACGUGCAGGAGCAUGUGAUGGAGGCCGCCAGCCGGCUCACGGCCGCCAUAAAACCCGAGAUCGGCAAGAUGCUGAUGGAGCUCAGUGCCGGCGCUGCCAACUUCAAAGACCAGAAUGACUUCAGUCUGCAGGAUGUAGAGGUGCUGGGCCGCUGCUUCCUGACGGUGAUGCAGGUCCACUUCCAGUUCCUGUCACAGGCACUACAGAAGGUUCAGCCCGUGGCCCAGUCCUGCCUGGCCGAGGCACUGGCCCAAGUGCAGGAGAGAUGUGCAGGAGCGCGCACGCACCCCAUUGGCUGCCCUCCCACCGCGCUCAGCGAGCUGGACGAGGCCGUGCGCUCGUGGAAGGGGGCUUCAGAGGCCACGGCACGGCUGCGGGACAGAGGUCGUGAUGGCUGUCUGCCGGGUAUUCAGGUACAGCAGCUCUUCUGCUCCCACAGCCCCUCCCUGCCUGAGCAGCAGCUGAAAGAGCUCAACCUGAAGAUCGACAGUGCCCUGCAGGCAUACAGAACUGCCCUGGACUCUCUGGGCCAGUGUGAGUAUGCACUCAAGGGAGGUUUUCAUCUGAAGCCCAAAGCAGCAGAAACUGCAUUACAGGGAUGCUGUAGUGAUGCUGAGGCCCAGCAGGCUGGCUGCAUGCAGACACCCUCCCAGCCCCUCCAGUGUGAGUUACCCACAAUCCCCCUGCAAAUUGGCUCGCACUUCCUCAAAGGGGUGUCCUUCAAUGAGUCCGUCGCCGACAACCUCAAGCUCAAAACGCACACCAUGCAGCAGUUGAUUAAGGAGGCGUCAGGGCAGAACGGGGUGUCCCCCCGCGAUGACUCGCCUGUGACUGAGGUGCUGAACCUAGUGUGCCCGUCCAGCUGGCGCGGAGCCUGCAAGACCGCCGUGCAGUUGCUCUUUGGCCACGCUGGCCUGGUUGUGGUGGACACAGCUCAGAUUGAAAAUAAGGAGGCAUAUGCUCCCCAGAUCACUUUAGAAGGAUCCAGGAUCAUAGUUCAGGUUCCCUCCACAUGGUGUCUGAAGGAGGACCCAGCCACCAUGUCUCUGCUACAGCGUAGCCUGGACCCUGAGAAGACCCUUGGCCUGGUGGACGUGCUCUACACUGCCGUUUUCGAUCUGUGUCGCUGGAAGGAGCGCAAGGAGCAAGCCCUGCCCACCAUCCAGAUCCAGCUCCAGAGAGACACGUCCGACUACGGCGUGCCCGCCGAACUCCACCCCGGCGGCAACACCAAGUCAUCGGGCGGCUUGCCCAAGACCAUCUCCAAACUCACCUCCAAGUUCACCAAGAAGACCUCGUCUAGCUCGGCACCCACUGGCGGCUACUCCAUCCCCAGCACGCCGUCCCGCGCUGGGGGGGGGAGCGGCGGCAUGGAUGACAAGCCCAAGACCCUGAGCGACGCUCGACUCCAUAGCCUGCUCCAGAUGAGCACGGCGGGGACUCCCGACCCAGGGCCGCAGGCGGCCAACGGCUCCGGCCCCGACGAGCAGGGCAUGAACCUCCCCACGGACCAGGAGAUGCAGGACGUGAUCGACUUCCUCUCCGGCUUCAACAUGGGCAAGUCACAGCAGGCCUCCCCUCUGGUGAAGAGGAGGAACUCCGUGGCGUCCACCAACGCCGCCGACCUCAAGCCGCCGGCUCCGCCCACCACGCAGGCCCAAGUCCCACCCGUUGCCAUGGUGCUGGCCCAGGCCCUGGCCCAGGCCCAGCCGCAGCCACCCGCCCAGCAGGUGGCGCCGCUGCCCUCCACGCCCAAGCAGCAGGUGGCGGUGCCCGCGGCAGCCCAGUCCUCUCCGCAAGCCCUGCCCUUCUACCAGCACCUGCUGCAGCCCAUCGGGCAGCCACAGCCGCCACCCGUAUCACCCCAGCACCCCUCCCAGCCUCCGCCCCAGCAGAGGGCGCCAGGCAAGUGGCCCCAAGGCCCACCGGGGGGACUGUCCCCCAUGGGGCACGUGAGCCAGUGGGGGACGGCUGGGCUGCAGGACCUGAGCUCGGACCUGUACAGCCUGGGCCUGGUCAGCACUUACAUGGACAGCAUGAUGGCGGAGAUGUUGGGCCAGAAGGCAGCACCACCGGGCCCCCGAAACAACACCUGGCCCAACCGCGAACAGAGUGAGCAGGGCGUAUUCGGCGUGCUGGGGGAAACCAUGCCUUUCGACCCCGCAGUUGGCUCAGAUCCGGAGUUUGCGCGUUACGUUGCCGGGGUCAACCAGGCCAUGCAGCAGAAAAGGCAGGCGCAGCACGUUCGUCGCCCUAGCAACACCCGUGGCAACUGGCCCCUCUCCGACGACCAGCACAGGACCUGGUCCCACCCUGAGUACUACAGUGAAGGGGAGGCAGUGAACAGUACCUGGUCAGCUAAUCAGGGGGACUCCGCCAGCUCGAGUGACGAGACAUCCUCAGCCAAUGGGGACAGCCUGUUCUCCAUGUUCUCCGGCCCUGACCUUGUAGCUGCAGUCAAGCCAAGACGAAAGCAUAGCUGUGGAGAGCAGGAAGUAUGUACACUGCCCUCUCCUCCUCUUCAUCACACCAGCGAUGACAAUAACCAGGAUAGCAAAACUAAAACAUGGCCUCCGAAGGCCCCAUGGCAGCACUCCUCCCACUCCAACACCAUGCCCAAUCCCAGCUCUUCCCUGUAUCAGAUGACCAUCCCUUCCAGCCAAUGGGCUGACUCCAUGCAAAUUCUGCAGUCUCCGGUGUGGUCAACAGCCAAUGACUGCUCUCCUUCCACCAGCCUCUCAUCUGGCUUCCCUUUCGCCCAGCAACAGCCGCCGCAGCAGCAGUCGUCCCAGCAUAAGAGCCUUAGCAAAGGGUUCAAGAGCUUCCCGCUCAAACCCGAGCAUCGGCCGUCGUACCUGCACCAGUACUGAGCCGGCCUGCUACUGGUCCAGGGCCAGCGCUCGCCAACGAGCAAGGCUCCAUGCCGGUUUUAGACCAACGACAGCAGACGACCAAAACCCGGAGCCCUGGCUGUGCUGAUUUGCUGCGGCCGAGGUCGGUCGGUGGUCGAAUAGUGCCGGGGUGCGUUCCGCCGUUAAAACCGUGAGAUGGCGUACAGGGGGUAGUUUGACAAAGGCCCAUCUGCUGCGAUGAUGGUCGCUGCAGUAAGAGGUCACGUCUCUGAGUCAGUAAUGUUCAGGAGGUCGGGCAGUACCACGACACAUGUUCAGGUGGGCGUGACUACCCCGCUGUCCUGUCUCACGGUUAUCCAUUGCAGGACACAUCCCUGAUUUGGGCCUAGUACCAAACUGUAGCUGAACCGUUUCUCUGCCACUACCAACCUGUACCUUUUGGUAGUUCUUUAGACAAGCGUGUUUUUAUAGGCAACUUUGUAUCGAACAUUGUGGCAUAUUGGGUUUUUGUUUUUUUUUCAUGGGGUUUAUUUUUCUUUCUUUCUUUCUUUCGUGUUUUAAGAUCUACCACGAUUUCUUUCAGCUACAAAAGAAGCGUUUUCCUGUUACGCUGUUCUAGUGCAUGAUUCCUGCUUCCUGCGGCUAGUGAGCUGGUCGCGCCAGCCCCUCCUCACCCAACUCUGCUCACUCCAGCCUUCUCCACUAGCUCUGCCAAGUUCCAGAAAAGAAAAAAAAGAGGGGGGGGGGGGUCGGUUUCAACUUGCAACGGAUUGUAGAAUUGGUCCCAAGUUUAAUACUUGGUCGUUGCGGUCAGGCUACGGAAGACGGGCGAUUUAGCUGACCGUGUUACCCGAGAGUCAUUCGCGUGACAUGCACGGCUGUCAUCCUAUCGCUCGCGGGUCUCAGACGGCCAACGGGACGCUACCCAUCACGAUACUGUGUUGACAAAAAGCUGUAACUGCCAAAUCUCAUCAGAUCACAUAGACUACACCUCCUAGCUACUGUUCUAUAGCUUGUAAAUGACUCAGAAAAAAAAUUAUAUAAUUUACUUCUUUUUAUGAGGAAGCUUUGAGCAGGCUCAGCAGAAAUAUAAGAAUCAUAAUACGUGUAAUUUAAUAAUCAUAGCAGAUGUGUAAUUUGAAAAGAAAUACACUACUUUUUCAACAUCUGACGAAGUUUAAAAAAAAGUAAGUAGGAGUAAGUAAUCUAUGUGCCAUGUUGAUAUUAAUAGCACUUGCAUUUUUCUUUUCCUCCAACAAAAGCGUUGUUCAUAGGGUGAAUAGUGCUCAAUGUCAGAGAGGAUUCUGGGAGUUGUAGUACCCUUUAAAGUACGGGAACGCCCUGCUGUAAAUGACGCUGGGAAAGCGAACGCUCAAGAGUUCUUUCCCCCUCUGGAUUGGUUUUUCUUCCGAAUGACACUAACAUUAAAAUUAAAACAUAACAUUUGUUCAUUUAAAAUAAUUAUAUUUCUUGUACAAAUAUUGACAGUAUUAAUCUUAUUUUUGUAUUUUCUUACAUGUUAUACCAUUACUGUAUAUGUUAACAUAAUAUAGGCAUAUUAAGUAAAACAUUAUUUUCCCAAGAUGUGAAAAGCACAUUUUUCUUUUCUACAGAGUUGAAAUAUUACAUUAUAUCUACAAAGGUUACCAAAUGCACCAUUACAAACACUAAAAUGCGUUAUAAGAUUGGGGUGUGUGAGGGUGUGUUUUUCUCGAGCCCGUACGUCUUCGGUUUCUAUGGCUGUGGGCUGUAUUUAAACUGCCCAGAUUAACUUUUUUGUGAUGUUUGCGGAUGCCAAUGUUGCCUGUAUUUAUGAUAUGACCAUGUUUUCUGAAAACUAACAUACUUACCAUGUUUACAGAGAAUCGUUUGCUGUAUAUAAAUAUAUAUCUUUUUAUAGUUCUGUGCUUUGCACAAUCAAAAUGUAGGGGUUGUUGCUUUGUCUGUGUUCUCUCCCAAACUGUUGCAGCCUUUUAAAGACAUCUUCAAUGACCUUGGACUGUAAACAUUAGCAUUUCACAGCUGUGUCAAAAAUGGUUUACUAGUGGCUUCUA